UUCUUUUGAGUUUGUCGUUUCGAUUCGCAGAGUCUCGAGUGCAAGUGCAGAGCGUAUUUUCCAUUUUGGCAGUGCAUUACCCGACUGAGAGAUUGGUGAAAACGGUUCGACAUUGAUUGGUUGGUUCUAAACGCAGGCAGAAAGAUGAAAUUGGCCUUGAGCUCGGUGCUUUUGCUGCUGGCGGCCCACGGUGCGUAUGCGCAACAUCAGGACUACACCACCCCGGUGCCCAUUCUCAAGCAGAUCGACAAGCACAACGACGACGGAUCCUACACGUAUGGCUACGAGGCGGCGGACAAGAGCUUCAAGAUCGAGACCAAGUACGCCAACGGGGAGGUCUACGGCAAGUACGGCUAUGUGGAUGACCAGGGCAAAGUCAGGGAGAUUGAGUAUGGAGCCAGCAAGCGGGGCUUUGAGCCCGCUGGCAGCCACAUCAAUGUGCCACCUCCCACGCUGACCAACAGCAAUCCCUACCCGCUGGGACCCAACGAACUGGACGAUGGCCAGUACCGCGAGGAUCCGUCGGUGUACUACAAGGACCAGAAGUUCAAUCGCCCCCUCUCGCCAGCCAGCAAGUUCAGCUUGAACGACUUUGGACGUGGCCAGCAGCAGCAGGCCUAUGCGCCGCCCCCUCAGCAGCCCGCCCCCCAGAGACCCUACUACAAUCCCGCACCCCAGUACUACAAUCCCCCUCCCCCGCAGCCCCGCUACUACCAGCCCCCGGCCCAGAACUACUAUAAUCCCCAGCAGCAACAACCCUAUAGAGGUCUGCCCGAGCAACAUCAUCCCUCGCUGAGGAACCUCAACCUCUACACGGGCUCCUACAGCAUCGACUAUACGGGCCGGAAGUAGGAGGGACCUUCGGAUGGGGGGAUCACCUUAGAGUUGGGCCACAGAGUCAGCGACUGAAGUGUCCGAGGACAAUGUCAACUUGUUACUGCCAAAAAAAUCAGUCACUCCGCACACCCCACAUGUAUCUAUUAAUGUACACUGUUUAUAUAUGUUCUUGUACGAGUAUGUGUGUAAUAAAUCGAGUUUCGAGACCUGAA